UCCUUUACACAUGUUCAUUUCGCGCCACUUUCCGAAAAGCUUUUGGUAAGGAGAGCUUUAGUACGUGUUUUUUUUUCUUAUUUCUAAUAGAUCUAGAAAAAAAUGUCAAUGAGGGACAGUCACAGACUGUUCUUGAGAGUGUUCAUGUCGCGACAGUAUCUCUCCGAGGCCGAAAUCCAGGAGAUUUAUCAACGAUCGUGCGAAGCAUGCCAAGAGGAUGCAAACAUAGAUGAGCUUCAACCAUUCAUAAACACCAUCAAUAAGCACCUAAGACCACUGUUUAUGGAGGUCCGACAAGCCCAGUCUGAAGAUGAUGGCACCAAAUUCUAUGGCUUGGUAAAUAACGUUGAAGAUGAACACUCCAAGCUUGCGACUGACUACACCACCAAUGACAUUACUUUCUUCAAAAAAGCUAUUGAGCUUGUUGUUGCCGCAGAUGAUGGCUGGGUGUCUUCCAUGGAUUUGCUUGAGUUAGGGAGUGAGCUAGAGAAGAAAAUGAGCAACUCAUACACAGAGACAUUGAUGAAUAAGCUGACCAAGGACAAAUGGCUAGAGGAGUCCUCAGGCAUCUAUUCUCUAGGAGGAAGGGCAUUACUUGAGCUAAAACCAUAUUUAAAGAGGAGCUUAGAAGAAUAUAUUGUAGACUGCAUGAUGUGCAAACAGAUUGUAAUUAAGGGACAGACAUGUCCACAAUGUAGUGGUAGGCUGCAUAAAUACUGUGCUGUGGUUUUCUUUUCUAGAAGAACACAGCAUGUUUGCCCCAACAUGGACUGUAAUGCACCUUGGCCACAUCAUGUCCCUACUUUACCACCUGCCCCUCAACAAAAUAGUCGGCAGUUGAGCACCCCAUCACCACCUGUUGCAGGCCCAUCAAGAAGUCGUACACGCAAAUCUAGAUAGCUUUUAACAAUCUUUGUAGACUUUACUAGUGUAGUGGCAGAUCUAGAAAGGUUUGAUCAAAUCUUUCUAUCCUUUUCUAGUGUCGAAAUUUCAGUUAUAUGGCAAUAUGUCUAUGUCUCGAACAAUUCACAUAAUUUUACAUCGCAACCAAUAAAACUGUGAACACUUAAGAUAUGUGUGGAAUGUUUAUUGCCUCUUAUGAAUCAGACUUGAGAAUUCACACACUGAGACUUGUUAAGACAUGUUUCUAGUUGAAUGUUUGAAUAUCUAGUAAGUGAUUGAUUGGAAGAAACCUUCCAUACAUAUUUUGAGUGUUCACGGUUUUACUGCUCGCGCUGUUAUGUUGUCAAUUUAUGUUUGUCUCCAGAGCUGGGCUUGUAAAUAUAAAGGCGCUUAUGGCAGAUCAGCAGACUAAUUUUCUAGUGAAUGGUGUAGUAAAAUUUUUUGGAGUAAUCCUGUUUUUGUCCAGCUUUCAUCAGUUUUUCAGAUUGCAUAGUUCAUAAUAAUUUUUAUUUAGACCAUUGAUGCUAUAAAUAUUAUUGAAAUGGUGUAGAAAUUAAUGAAAGAUAAUAUUGCCUGUAAAUAAUACAAUAAUAACAAAAUGAUGUUCCUGUUUUGGAAAAAAUGUUCCUUUCAUCAAUUGAUUUGUAUCUGUGUUUUUCUAAUAUUUAUUUAUAAAUAAAAAAAACCUUUAAAAGUU